GUGCACUGAUCUGCAAAUGCCAUUUCAGUACACCCUCUUGGCAACCACCUAUAUCUUUGGACAGGAGCCAUAACUCUAUAGGUCAACUUGAUGAACAUACUGAGAUAUUCAAGAUGGGCAGCAAUAGUACCAGCACUGCUGAGAGUAAUUGCAGUGUCACAUAUGUGACAUUUCAAUACUCUCUGUAUGCAACCACCUAUAUCUUUAUAUUCAUCCCUGGUCUCCUGGCUAACAGUGCAGCCCUGUGGGUCCUGUGCCGCUUCAUCAGCAAGAAGAAUAAGGCCAUCAUUUUCAUGAUCAACCUCUCCGUGGCAGAUCUCGCUCACGUCCUGUCCUUACCUCUCCGGAUUUACUAUUAUAUCAACCGUCACUGGCCAUUCCAGAGGGCUCUUUGCCUGCUCUGCUUCUAUCUGAAAUAUCUCAACAUGUAUGCCAGCAUUUUUUUCUUGACAUGCAUCAGCCUUCAGAGAUGCCUCUUUCUCCUCAAGCCAUUCAGAGCCAGAAACUGGAAGCGUAGGUACGACGUGGGCAUCAGUGUUGCCAUCUGGGUCGUCGUGGGUACUGCCUGUUUGCCACUUCCCAUUCUGAGAAGUGCAGGCCUAGCCAACAACAGCGAAUCCUGCUUUGCUGAUUUAGGGCUUCAUGACAUUAGUAUGGCUUCCUCCAUCGGCAUGGUGACGGCUGCUGAACUUGGAGGGUUUGUAUUGCCUGUUGUAAUUAUUACAUAUUGCACAUGGAAAACAAGAAAAUCUCUACAGGAAUUCCAUGAUCCACCCCAGAAUAUUAAAGAGAGAAAAAAGGCUUUGAGGAUGGUCCUAAUGUGUGCGGUGGUAUUCAUAGUGUGCUUCACGCCUUACCAUCUCAACUUCCCGUUUUUUAUGAUGGUGAAGCAACACGUCUUCUCCAACUGUUCUUUUAUUAAAAGUACUCUGUGUUUUCACAUCAUUUCCCUGUGUCUUGCAAAUCUGAAUUGUUGUCUUGAUCCAGUUGUGUAUUAUUUUAUGACUUCUGAAUUUCGUGAUCAAUUUUCAGAGCAUGGUAGUUUGUUCAUCCAGUCAUGUGUGAGAUGUAAGGACAGUACUUUGGAAAUUCAUCAGAGGAAGGAGAAUCUUCAGACCAUCUCUCUUGAAUGUUUGGAUGUUCCAACACAAUGUGAUGAAAUGAUUAUCUAGAAUAACCUUUCUACUCUGUCAGUUUAGUCAUGUCAUUUCAAAGUGAUACUGAGUGUUGGGAAGAAACAUCCACUUCAAUCAAAUAAUCUGUCUACAGGAGUUCUCUAUGCCAAUAUCAUCCGGGACCCUUCUGAGAAAAAACUUUCUCUUCACACAACGUGAUAGUCAACAGAAAGAGUCUCAUACCUAUUCCUCAGUAAUGGGGCCAAUCGUCUCAUCUUCACCUGAGAAAAAAUAUAUUAAAAAGUAAUGGGCAUGUACAAGUUAUCUAAACAUUGGGAAGUCUACAUCAGAAUAUGACCCUAACUUUAUUCAGAAAACAUAACUACUUGUGCCAAUUGGAUGGCUUUUUAUAUUAAUAUGAGUUAUGGAAAUACCAACAUUAUAACUUAAAAUGUCUGUAAGAUUUUUCCUCACCUUAAAAAAUUAUUUCAGAUGAGCCUCUCAAAGUUACCAUGGAAACCAAAAUGCAAACACCUUAAAUAGAAUUGUGCUCUGCAUAUUUAACAAACUGGAGAUUAAAAUCUCAAAAUGAAACCUUUUUGCCUAAAUGUCUGUGGGUUUGUGAUGUCUUGCAUAGUUUUUGUUUACUGGCACUAAUUGGGAAAUAUUCUCAUUUAUUUGUUUACUAAAAUUAGCUGUGUCAUUCUCUAGUUAGACUGAUUGUUUCACAUGUAACUUCAGAUACAACUUCAUUUGAUACAUUUAAAUCAACAGAUUAAAGAAGAAUCACACAAUACAUGCAGUUUCAUUCUGCUAAGGUUAAGUUGAGCCUAAGUUUUUAUAAGGAAAAUACUCCAAUGAGCUGAAUUGAAUCCUAUCAUUAAUGCAGAACAAGCAUUGCCAUUUAAUAAAUCUUUGUUGUUGUAUCAUUACUAAUAUAAAUCUUUCCCACUGGAAAUUUUGAAGCCAACCGUUUUCAAAUAUUGUGUAUCAUUAAAGUGAAAUUUUAUAAAGCAAUGGUUAGUCUCAGAAAAUUGUUCUUUUUGUCUUGUCUCUGUGUUUUGAAUAGCCUUUAACUUUUUAUUACAUUUUUGGGUUAGUGUGUAAGGGAGUGGAUUUCAUGCGAUAUUUUCAUAUGUAUACAUCAUCGUACUUUCUUAUUUACUCCCCCAGCCUUUUCUUGAUUGUUCUCCAAUUUUUAUUGGUGCCCUUUAUUUCUCCUGCGUUCUCCUUUCUGCAUUCUUGAUACAAAUGUUCUGUUACCUCUUGUAUUUGAUUACUCCCUUAUUGUAUGUUGCAUGUAUCACUUUACAUCUCUCAUUUCCC